CUGAAAUAAAAGGCAUUUGUGCCUGCACAGUAGGCCAGGCCAGUCAUCUAUUUUCAUAUCGAAGUUCGGCAAACAACAACACAGACGGAAGUGUGAAUCCUGUACCAUCUCCACUCUUAUCAGUUUUAGUAAGUGACAAACAACGAGUUGGAUUUUGGUAGUUACUAUAAAUCUACUAAAUUUACAAACAGCGGACCAUUCUAAGCGAAAUCGAACUAUUCUAAACAAGGAAGGAACAUGGCAAACAUUGCUUACAUCUUGGCUCUCUGGACCCUGUUACAGAUAUGCUUUGCCAGUGGACAACAAACUGAUCCUAUCCGAAGCGCAUGCCCACUUUUAGCGGCAGGGACGGGAUGCAACACGGAGGAUAUCAAUAUUGAGUUUAAUCGCUCAUUGAGUGAAAUAGAGGCGGAGUGUACAAGAAUCUUACCAGGGGAGCAAGUAAGGGUGCGAUGUGAUGGGGUGAGGUAUGGCUCACAGGAGGUCAGGUGUCUAGAAGGGGGUAUCUGGAGUCCCCCUUCUGUGGUCUGUCUGAGUGAUGUUCAAUGCCCCCUUCCUCAGGCUCCGCAGAAUGGAUAUAUACCCAAUCAGAGAUCGGAAUACAACAUAUUCGAUAGUAUACAAAUCAGUUGUAACGACGGGUUUGAUUUGCUAGGAUCAUCGUCUGCCUAUUGCCGCAAUGAUGGUUACUGGAGUCGAAAAGUGCCCCAAUGCACACCUGCUUUGGACACCCAGUCAUGUGACCCCCCUGAUGUAUCAUCCAGCGUGACAGUGGUUCCGGUUAGUAAGGUGUAUACCAAUGGAUCGGUCGUCAAUUAUUCUUGUAACAUUCCCAACCAUGGGCUUCUUGGUAAGGCAUCAUCUACCUGCAUCAAUGGAAAGUGGUCUCCAGAUCCAGGGGAAUGCUAUGUUCUGUCUUCCGACGAAAUUCAGUUUCCACGAGAGAACUGCCAACGCCCGCAUCUCGUACCUGAGGGCGUCCUGCUGUACAGUCCCAAGCAGUACUCCUACCAACCAGGAAGGUCAGUGACCUUUAGCUGUGUUAGCCCUAACUACUCUCUAGUUGGUCAACCUAUCUCGACAUGUAGAUCACGUAGAUGGGAUACUCAGACACCCGAUUGUGAAUUAAGAUGUCCGCAGCCUAGUGGCAGGAGCUACACCACACUUCACCCCGAUGGCCCGCUGGAGUUCAGGCACAAAGAUCUCAUCGUUCUGGAGUGCAAUGGUGAAGCCAGGAUUUCAAAAUGUGUCAACGGUAUUUGGACCCCCGAACUUGAUUUUUGCUCCAAGACACGAUCACGAGAUGUCGAUAUAACGACGACCCCGGCAACCAGAACGGUUAACAGACGAAUCGAUAAUCUUUUAAAGGAACCUGUGACAGCUACUUCCAUUGCUCGCCAGCUUCCAUUCCUAAUCUCGAUAACAAACACACCUGAUGAGAGGAUACUAGCAGAGGACGUACACAAUGUCGUGACAUUCCUCGAGAAAGUCGCCAAUCUGAACUCCUCUACUCCAAUGGUGACAAAUUCCAUGCUCGAGGUCAUCAGUAACCUGAUGAAUGUAGAAGAGAUUGAAUUACAAAUUGCUCAGCAAGACAACAAUGCUACAAAUCGGGCUUUGGACAUCAUUGCUAAGCAACUUAAUAUAGUAGACAUAUCAUCGGAAAAUGGAAGCUUUAGCGUUGCUCAUCAAAACAUAGCCGUUCGGGUUAGUGUGACCACGAUAUCUGAAAGCACAGACGGGUCGGCCUUCGCCCUCUAUCGCGGUGAUGACCAAGAUGAAGACGGUCUCUACAAUCAAAUAACCUAUGGCUCCGUCAACGAGGACUUCAAUGACAACGAGAAGUUCCAAGCUUCAGUCAUGCUGCCAAGUCUCGUUCACUUCGACUCGAAAGCAAGAUUUACCGGCAAUGAUACUUACAGGGUGUCCUUCGUGGCUUACCAAAAGACAUCCCUCUUCUUUUCAUUCUCGCUCAAGGCUUUGAACUCAAGAGAAAUAUCGUUCAAUCGUAGACCUUUGACGCCGAUCAUCGCCGCCACCGUUCACGGUAUGGAUGAUGAAAUCGAUGACAACGACAAGUCCGUCACUUCAACGUUUGAUGUUGCCAUGGAAGCCGAUAUGAUAAAGAAUUUAGAAUGUGUUUACUGGGACUUCAAUGGAAACCAGAGACGAGGAGACUGGUCUUCAAGAGGUUGUAGACGAGUGCCCGGCACUUCUAAGAGGAGACCUGUUUGUAGGUGUCGAAGGCUGGCUAACUUCGCUGUCCUCUUGGACGUAUAUAACGAAGAUUUCCUUCCUCUAGAAUUCCAAUAUUUCGCUCAAAUAUUGACCUAUGUUGGUUGCGGCCUGUCUACAUGUGGACUCAUACUCACCAUCAUCGCCUACGCAUCAUCCUCGAAACUCCGUACCAAGCAACCAAACCAGAUUCUUCUCUGUCUCAUCUCCUCUCUCCUUGGUCUCUAUACCAUCUUCAUGUUGGUGAUUGGUAUUGGUCCUGGUCUUCCCCGCAUCCCUUGUGGUAUCCUUGCAGCUCUCCUCCACUUCUUCGCUCUCUCAUCACUAGCAUGGAUGGGCAUUGAGGGGGUUAAUGUCUAUCUCCUCUUUGUCCGCAUCAUCAAUUCCUACAUUCCACGGUUUAUCCGAAAGGCAGCUAUCUUUGGAUGGGGUCUUCCUGCGGUCAUAGUGUUUGUCAUCGGAUGUAUCUUCAGAGAGAAUUAUGCUCGCGGAGAUAUGUGUUUGAUACAACGAUGGCCUAACAUAACCGGUUUGCUCAUCCCUGUUGGUCUCAUUCUCCUCUUCAACAUCGUCAUCUUCAUCCUCGUCAUGAAACGUAUCAGUUCGACCACAACUGGUAAGGUACAGGACAACACAUCGUCUCGACAUCGCGAGCGAGUUCGGCGAUUACGGAAUGCUUUCAUCCUCAUGCUCUUGCUCGGCAUAACCUGGGUUUUCGGUUUCCUGGUUAAUAUUAGACAUGAAGGGAUCAUUGCCUUUUCGCAAACCGUCUUUGUUAUCAUGAACGCUUUCCAAGGGUUUUUCAUCUUUAUCAUUUACUGCUUAAGGCUUCCGCAAGUGAGGAUGCAGCUCGUCAACUGCUACAGCCGUUAUCUGUAUUGUCCAGUUAAUAUUCCCAGGACAUCUACAAGUGAUCAAAAUAAAAACGCCAAAGAUUCCAGUGGAAAGGGCAAACAAAACCAAUUAAAACCACUGGCACUGAAAAAAGGUCAAGCAUCACAGGGUGAUUCGUGUGACACUGUCACAACUCCGUAAAUAAAUCCCUACAAGCCUUAUAGCCUUAAUUGCUUUCGAAUUAUUCGUCAGAUUGAGGGUAGUCAUGCUAUCAAACUUUGCUUACCUUGUCAACCCUCCUGUUUGAUGUUUUCGAUUAGUUACAACC